AUGAAGCCCAUAAAGAGCAGGAAAAAUACUGGUUUAAAGCUCCCAAGGAGUAUAUUGGACGAAAUUGACAGUAAUGAAGGUGCUUCAAGAAAUCAGAAAGGCAAGCGGGAACUGUCUCAUAGAGAAAAAAGAAAGCUAUCUAGAAAUACAAAAAAUGGCUCUAUGGAUGAUCAGCGGCCACGUCGUACACGAAAGGAGGAACGAGAAACCGACGAUGCUUUAGACAUGCUGUCAGCUUCACAAGAGCUCCCAAAAAGCAAGAAAGCAAAGAAAGAUUCAUCUCCUUCAUAUGAAGACUUUGCUCGUAAGCAGCAACUUGAUGCAUUAGGAGAGGAUGACCGGGAAAUUGCGAUGCUAGAAAAGAGACUUGGAAUCCGCGGGAAAAAAACUAAGCGCACGUCUCAGGUCGACAAAGAAUUUGGAUGGAUUAUAGAGGACUUGGGUCAAGACUUAAAUGAUCUUGAAAACGAUGGCUUGUUGGCUCCCCAUGAAGAGGAGGAUGCCGGCGAGGAGUCUGUUGACUUUGAGGAAGAGCCGGAAAGUGAAGAAAGUUUUCAGGGAUUUUCAGAAGAGGAGGAUAAUCAAGAAAAUGAAAAUUCAAAUGAGGAGCAGGAAGUAGAAAGUGCAAGUGAGGAAGACAUGGAGGAAGAAAAAGGGUUGAAGGAGGAUUCUCCUGAAGACGAGCAAGUUCAGCCUCAAGAGGAGCCAAAACGCCAAAAUCCUUAUCUUCCAGCUGCUUCUUCUACACCUUCCACUGGAAAAUACAUCCCUCCGUCCCUUCGUCAAAAGACUUCUGCAGAUGAUCAAGGCUCCAUCGAGUUGACUCGUCUUCGAAGACGUCUUCAAGGGUUACUAAACCGUCUUUCCGGUGCUAAUGUGGGAUCCAUCGUUGGAGAAAUUGAAGCUAUUUAUAUGGAGAACUCCCGCCAUUCAGUAACCGACACGCUAACAAAACUUAUUCUACAAAUUGUUAUGGCCAGGGAAUCUAUGUUGGACCAGCUUGUCAUUGUUUACGCCGCACUUUCCACCGCUCUUUAUCGUAUCAUCGGUCCCGAAUUCGGAGCUUACUUGCUACAAUCAUUAGUCGAUGAAUUCUUGCGUCUUUACAAAUCGAAGGAGACGGAACCUCUUUCCUCUCACAAAGAAACGUCUAAUUUAAUAGUAUUUUUCGUGGAGCUCUACAAUUUUCAACUUGUUUCUUGUAUCUUGGUUUACGACUUUGUUCGCAUGUUUUUGAAGUCCUUGACAGAGCUAAAUGUUGAGCUUCUGUUAAAAAUCGUACGCAAUUGCGGUAAUCAGUUGCGAAGUGAUGAUCCAUCUGCUUUGCAAGACAUCGUUCAGGAAAUGAACUUACUAUUGAGUACAGCUGAUCCAGCGUCUAUUUCUGUUAGAACUAAAUUCAUGGUUGAGUCUAUUACGAGCCUCAGAGAGAACAAAAAAGCAAAAGUCGCCAUAGCAAACUCUCAGUUGAAGUCUGAAGCAGUGAAUCAACUGAAAAAGUUUUUGGGUUCUCUCAAUAAUCGAUCCCUUCGUGCUACUGAGCCAUUGCGUGUCAGUAUGCAAGACAUUGAACAGGUUGAAAGUAAGGGCCGUUGGUGGUUAGUUGGUGCUUCUUGGAAGAGCGAUCCUUUGGUUGAGAACAAUAUUGCAUCCUCGUCCUCUAAAAUAACAGAAGAAAAAAAGAAGAAUGAAGAGCUUCUUGCUCAUUCACGGCUUUUGCAAACAGCAAAGAAAUUGCGUUUAAAUACGGGUAUUCGAACCUCAAUUUUUAUUGCUUUGAUGGGAGCAGAGGAUUAUAUUGAUGCUUGGGACCGGAUUCUCAAACUUCGUCUGAAAAAAGUUCAGCAGCCUGAAAUUGCAUAUGUAAUAUUGCAUUGUGCCUCAAAUGAAAAAAUGUAUAAUCCUUUUUAUGCUCUUGUUGCAUUAAAGUGCUGUACGCGACAACAUAAUUUGAAAAAAUCUUUCCAAUUUUCCUUAUGGGAUUUCUUUAAUGAUUUACAACCUGAGGAUGAUGGCGAAGCAAUUGAAGUUCCUACGCGAAAGGUUUUCAAUUUGGCAAAACUCUACGCCUACUUGCUGAUUGAAGGAGGACAACCAUUAACGAUUUUAAAGCACGUCGAUUUCAUGAGUAUGAAUUCUCAGUUACAGACUUUCAUUCUCGUUUUCUUGUCUGAUAUAUUGAUCGGAAGUAAGGAAGAUAUUCAAGUCGUGCAAAUUAUGGACACAUGCAAAACGGAGAAGAAUUUGUCUUCCAAGGUUGAUUGGUUUUUGAAGACAUACGUGCGCAACAAUCCAUUGGUAGAAGGAAAAGAAAAAUCAUUGUUAAAGUCUAAUCUUUCAAUCGCUAGAGCUGCUUUACAGACUAUUGCUAAAAAUGAAGCGUAA